CACUAUCUGACGUUUCAUUUAUAUGCUUUUCCGCUCGGGACCACCCAGCCUUCGAGUGAUCUGUUCAUUAUUUGCGCACGUGUGUUUUCAUUAACAGAUGCGUUGAGUAGAUCCCGUAGGUCGUUUAGAAAAUCGUAUAUCUCGUCUAUCAAAUAUUACGUCUCCGUAGAACGGAAUCGAGUGCUCGCAAUUAUAUCGUAUAGACGAUAAAUCGGUAGCUGUUUAUUUGAAUGGCUUAUCAGCAUGGAAUAUUUGGUUAUAGCGCAAUUUAAAAUCGAUAACACCUGAGUUAAUGAGUAUAUAAGCCAGUCAGAUUUUUUGAAAAUUUUCAAUCCAUCGACUGAAGUGGUUCGAUAACUGAUAAUGAGGUUCAGUGGUGUGGUGUUGUUUGUGCUGGGACUUACCACCAGCUUGGUGAUCGAAUAUGUAUCGGCACGACUGGAUGCGGAGGGUAUAGUCGGUGGUACAAACGCCAAGCCUGGACAGUUCAAAUAUCAGAUAUCCCUGGAGACGGAACACGACAGCCGAUGUGGAGGUGGUAUACUGGACGAUCAUCAUGUACUGACCGCUGCCCACUGCGUAACCAACUUCGCAGACAACAGCUUCCAGGAAGACUUGCUCAUAGUUCUGGCCGGUGUGACUGAGGCCAAGAUCGACGAGAGCAAGUCACCGUCAGCUGUUAGGGUUAAAGUCGAAAGGAUCUUCAUUCCAAAGGAGUACAUAGGUAGAAAUCCAAAACCUGGUAAACCCUUUAGGUCUGUUGGGGACAUCGCGGUCUUGAAGUUGAGGGACAGCCUUGGACUAAAAGACAAUCCCAUGCUGAGUAAGCUUCAGUUACCGCAACCGGAUGACAGUUACUCUGCGUACGAUAACGAGGACGCAGUGAUCGCUGGAUUCGGAUGGAACUGGGUGUAUAUGCGUGAGAACCCAUUAACGCAUAUCGAAUUCGAGGUCGGCGGAGCAUCGACUGACAAAUUAAGGUUCGCCGAAGCUAAAGUUAUAGAAUACCGUAAGUGCAAAAAAUCGUUUUACUCACCGGUAUACAAGAAGAAGCACAUCUGCGCUCAAGUUUACCAGAACGGCAUAUACGAGCCUGAAGGAAUCUGCUCGGGUGACAGCGGUAGCCCAUUGGUGUACAAUGAGACUACGGUAAUUGGAGUGGCGAACAGCAGUCCUAAAGGUUGUCGCGAGGAUGUUGAGCCAGCAGUGUACGCCAGAGUCUCCUCUCACUUGGACUUUAUUCGCAACGCCAUGAAGGGUAAAAAGACGUCAGAUAUGCGAUCAGCUACGUUCAAGAGAGGAUUCUUGCUCCUUAGGUGGUUUACUGACAAAAAAUACGCCGAAGACUAGAGUCAAAUUUC